AUGUUCGGUGGACGGGCAGCUGUCUAUCGGAAUCCCGCGAGGUUCGCGAGAACAUGGGAGGUUAUUGCGGCGGAGCUUGCCCCAUGCAGAGCUAGUAACGGGAUAAUAGCGUUAUCUCGAAGAAGGCUGUUUUCAUCGUCAUCUGGACGCUGGCAACAAAACGGCCAUGGAGGCAAUGGGUCUCAGGGGAAAGAGUCAUUCCGGUCGAGAUUGCGGACUGCGCUAGGGAACACCAAGAUCGAAUGGCAUCCAAUUCCCGUCGGGUUAGGUAUCGGGUUCUUGGGGUUUGUCCAAUUCUUCAGAUCCAAAAAGUCGGAAAAAGAACGGCUGGAACGUGAGGGUAGCGAGGGGGAAGCUUCAGCGCGGAGGAAAAUCCGUCCCUCUGGACCGUGGCAAGUUCAGGUCAUGUCCACCCUUCCAUUGAAGGCUAUGUCUCGGCUUUGGGGCCGUUUCAAUGAACUAUCGAUUCCAUACUAUCUCCGCAUCCCAGGUUUCAAGCUUUACUCCUGGAUUUUCGGUGUCAAUCUGGACGAAGUUGGAGAGCCUGACUUACAUACCUACCCGAACCUUGCUGCCUUCUUUUAUCGCGAGCUCAAACCAGGCGUCCGUCCUCUCGAUCCGAACCCGCUCGCCAUUCUUUCUCCCUCCGACGGGCGAAUAUUGCAAUUCGGUAUGAUUGAGAAUGGGGAAGUCGAGCAGGUCAAAGGCAUGACAUACAGUCUAGAUGCCUUACUGGGACACGAAGAGUUUAGCCCUGGCCAUGAGGCAGUACAUCCUACAAAAGCUCCAAUACACCAUAGCGUACACCGCGAGCGCACCAGUAAUAAAGUCCCGGAUAAUGUGGCGGCAGACGAGAAUUUUGCUAAGAUGAAUGGAAUUACCUACACCCUCCCAACAUUACUCUCAGGCAAGGGAAAGGGCGCAUCUCCGGGAGAUAAACCACUAGACGCCUCUAUGCACUCCACCACCAGCUCCGAGGCUAAAGUCAAAGCCGACCUUGCCAAAGGCAAGACAGCCUGGUACAUGCCCACACCUACCUCAAACAAAUCCCUCUUCUACGUCGUCAUCUACCUCGCGCCAGGCGACUACCACCGCUUCCACUCGCCGGUGUCCUGGGUUGUCGAAAGCCGCCGCCAUUUCGCCGGUGAGCUCUUCUCCGUCUCCCCGUACCUCCAACGAACCCUUCCAGGCCUAUUUACGCUCAACGAGCGCGUCGUCCUCCUCGGCCGUUGGCGUUGGGGGUUCUUCAGCAUGACGCCUGUCGGCGCCACGAACGUCGGCUCCAUCAAAAUCAACUUCGACUCCGAGCUGCGCACCAACAGUCUGACGACCGAUACGGCCGCUGACCGCGCUGCUUCCGCUGCUGCGAUGCGCGGCGAGGCCUACUCGGGAUUUUCCGAGGCAACGUAUCGCCACGCGAGCGACACGCUGGAAGGCCAUGCGCUGCAGCGCGGUGAGGAGAUGGGCGGUUUCCAGCUGGGAAGCUCGAUUGUAUUGGUUUUCGAAGCGCCGUUGGGCAAGCGGCCUAGCUUUGACUUGGGGUGGAGGGGAGAACAGCGCGAAGGUGGAUGGAAGUGGAAGAUUGAGAAGGGGCAGUAUGUACAGUAUGGCCAGGCAAUUGGCGAGGUGGAGGAUGUAUAAAAUGAAUUGAAAUCUGUUCUAUUACAAAAUGUUGUUAAUAGAUUGGGUGCGGAACAUGUGCAGUAUAUGUAUGUACAGUGCAACACAUGACUGUAACUUCCUCAUCUGGACUUCAGGAUUUGUA